AAUCAGCUCUCUCUUCUCUAUCUUUUUUAUUUUUUUCGGAUCAACCUUUCUUUACUCUCACAUUAUGUUUGUCUGCUCACGAUUACUGCGUCAGCGUCUGCUGUGGUACAAUGUGUACCGGCCCAACUAUAAAUAUGCAAGCAGCAUCAGGCUCCUAUCCACUGAAAAGGGAACACGGACAAAGCCAAACGAGACGCCAAAAAGUCUGUGGGCGUCCAUAUUACCUAGUAGCAACACGACCGAGGAUACCAAUGAGCAUAAAACCCAAAAUACCAAGCAGGACGAAGAGGACAUUUUUCUAAGCAAACUAUUCUCGAGAUCUUGGUCAAUUCGUAAACUCGAGUUCCCUGAUCUGCCUUCGGUGGAAACGAUCAACAGCACCAUGGCGCGAUUAUACCCUUCUUUGACUUCCCAGUUUAAGAACAUAUCUGAAAACUAUGCGAAAAUUUGGGAAUUUCUCACCAUGGAAGACUUUCGAAAGAUCUUUGACGAGAUUGAGCAAGAGAAUCGUAAUCCCGAUAUCCAUGCCGAAGUGGCCAAGGAUGCCACUGUCAGAGAGUCUGCCGAUCUCUCACAAGAGGAGCAACAAUUCAUUCGUGCAAGAAAGAAACAACAGCGCGAAAAUUUCGCAAAGUUUAUUGGUGUCGAUGUCAAUGAAGUUUGUGAAGAAGAUAUCCCCGUCGUCGCUUUAGCAUCAAGUGGCGGAGGAUAUCGUGCCAUGGUAGGCUGUGCUGGAUAUCUGAAAGCCAUGAAGGAGACAGGUCUUCUCGAUUGUCUGAUGUACAUGUCAGGCGUUUCAGGAUCAUGCUGGACAAUGAUUCUCUAUUACAACGCUCUCACCAAAGCAAAUACGGACGCUUUAUCCCAUCACAUAAAAUGUCACACCAAUGCGCAUUUUGCAAAUAUCUCCAAUUUAAUCAAAGUGAUAAAUGCAUCGCCGCAUAACAGCAAGCUGGUCUUACAAGGCGCUAUCCAUCGUUAUCUUCAACAAAACGGCAAUAUCAAUUUCGUAGACUUGUUUGGACUUUUAAUGGGAAGUACGCUUCUAACAAGAUUGGAAGCAGCCAAAUCAUUGGAGAAUUCCCAACUUGCCAAGGACAAGGGCGCUAACAAAGCCGGUCUGAUCUAUAUCAAGGACACUGAUGCACAAGGCGAAGACAAGGAUUCCCAGGUAUUACCAUUGCUACUGGAUAAAAACGAGAUGAAAUUAUCCAGUCAACAACGUUUCCUUGCCGACGGUUCCCAGCCCAUGCCUAUCUACUGCGUGGUCCGACACGACGUAGGCGAUCGUCGGAAACUUGAAGACGAAAGAAAUCAACAGAUGGAGGGCGAAUCAAAAGAGAUCGAAGAAUCGCAGAAAAAGUCAACGAACCAAGACGAAAACGAUAAUGAUGCUGACGACUACAGUCCGUAUCAAUGGUUUGAAUUUACGCCGUAUGACAUGGGAAGCGAAGAGAUCAAUGCAUGGAUUCCUAUCUGGGCCUUUGGACGGAAAUUUGAGAACGGAAAAAAUUUGGAACGACAACCAGAGCAGUUAUUGGACAUUCUUAUGGGGAUGUUUGGCUCCGCUUUUGCAGCCAGUUUGGUCCAUUUCUAUGAAGAAGUUCGAGGAUUUUUACCAAGCAAGCCGCUUCAGAAACUCGACGAAACGUUUAUACGUUACAAGAAGACCAUGGCAUCUUAUCAUCCUAUCUCACCUGCUUGCUUUCCCAAUCCUUUUUAUAAGAUCUCUGAAGAUGUUCCCGGAGAAGAGAACCUGAAACGUCCCAAAUCACUAUUGGAGUCAAAGCAGUUAUGCCUCAUGGACGCUGGUAUGGACAACAAUAUUCCUUUCUACCCCUUAUUACGUGAAGGGCGAGAUGUGGACGUUAUCCUCGCUAUCGAUCUCAGUGCCGAUAUACAGACAGCACCCCAUUUUGACCGUGCUGAAGGUUAUGCGAAAAGGCGUGGAAUUGAAGGUUGGCCGGUGGGUGCUGGAUGGCCCAAAGAGAACAUAUCAGACGCGAUCCAAGAGGAGCGUCCUGCAGAUGACCGAUCGGCAAGGAUUACUUCCAAAGAUGGCAAGAAACCCUCUUACGCACUAGGAUCCUGCACUGUUUUCGCAUCCAAUUCCGAAGUAACCAUUAACCCAGCCGCCAGAGAUUCCAACACCAAGCAGCCUGACCGUAUCAAUCCUAUCACAGUACUCUAUUUCCCGUUUAUUGUCAAUGAAGGUUUUGAUCCUGAUUUCGAUCCUCAAACAGCCGAGUUCUGCAGUACGUGGAACUUUGUAUAUACUCCAGAGCAAAUAGCCAAGGUGACGGGACUGGCGCAGGCAAACUUGAAUGAUAACAUUGAUACGGUACGCCAAGUGCUAAAAAGUACAUGGGAGCGAAAACGUAACAAGCGAUAUAUUACAGAAAAUCAAAAUAAAGCAAAUACAAAUUAACUAUUAUAAGCUUUGAAUAUGUUCCAUCUGGUGCAGUUGUUCUACUUGUUCUGGUGUGCCGUCAUUUUCGAUAUUACGCACCAUGCUGGGAUAGAGAUCCCAUUGCGCUUUAUCUUGAGGGUUUGUUUGUAUCGGUCUUGGUUGCGCUACACCUUCCAUGUGCACAUAUUCGUGGGAACCAGGAUGAUGACAUUUGUCUGCCGAGAUAUCUCUGCUAUUUCGUUUUAAUCGGUAGGCCUGAGGGUGGACAUCAGCAUCAU